AUGAGAAAUCCAAAACAAAUUACUGCAAGUUAUUUGAGAGAAGCAAAAGAUAAAGAUAGAGCUUUAGGUCUAGCUGAUAUAAAAAUGUUAGCAGAUCGUAAAAGAAGAAAAAUAACUGUUUACAAUUCAGAUACUGACGAAAAAGAAAUAAUAAAUCCUUCAGGAGUAAGAAAAAUACCUGCUCUUUUUAAACAAUCUGCUAAAAUCUAUUAUGAAGCAGAUGAAAAUGGAGAUAUUGGACAUUAUUUUACUGGUAGAGGAACAGAAACAUAUAUACAGAUCAAUGGACGGAAAGAUUGUUUGCUAAUAGCUUAUCAUGAGUCAUUAGGGAGAAAAAGACGUAGAUGGGAGAUUGAUAUGAAUAGACGUAAUCAGUUGAUAGGUGGUACACCAAAGAAAAAUCUUUACAUCUUCAAUCCUAUAACUGUAAUGCAGGAUGGAUUGCAAAAUGGAUCGGUACCAUUGGCAAAUAUUAAAGAAAAAAAACAACUUUCAGAUGUUAUAAGCAAUAGAGAUCUAGAAAAAGAAAUAAAAUAUAAAUUAAUGCCUGAAGCUAUGAAAAAAUUAAGGAAUGAAAAUGAUAAACUAGUGGUAAUUACGUCUCAGCCAUCUAAGGUGGGUACAAUAAAGCAAACAGAUAAUGUACGCUUAGAUGAUCAGAAUUUUACUGGAAAUAGUGACUAUGUUGAUUUUCAAGUGCAAAUAGGUGGAUAG